UACUGUUUAUUAUAUUAUUAUCUUGUGAUAAAAUUACGACGACGCUUACGUAAUUAAUUAAAUAGUAAUCAGUUAACAGCUUACAGCCGACAAUGAGGGUCGCCAUUUUGUGUUUGCUGAAUCUCCUCAUCGGUUCAGAUGGCUGGUCUGACCACAGGAAGAGAAAGUUCCCUACUAACUUUCUGUUCGGGGCAGCCACCUCUGCUUACCAAGUAGAAGGAGGCUGGAAUGCUGAUGGUAAAGGCGAAAGCAUUUGGGACAAGUUUCUCCACGACAACCCUGAGGUAGUCGCUGAUGGCAGGAAUGGAGACGUGGCCAGCGACUCUUACCAUCAGUGGAGAAGAGACGUGGAGAUGCUGAGGGAAUUAGGCGUCGACUUCUAUAGGUUCUCCAUAUCCUGGUCGAGGGUGUUGCCUACAGGUUUCGAAAACGAGAUCAACGAAGCCGGCUUCAAGUAUUACGACAACCUAAUAGACGAACUCCUCAAACACGAGAUCCAACCCAUGGUCACUCUAUACCACUUCGAACUACCCCAACCCUUGCAAGAGCUAGGGGGCUGGACCAAUCCCCUCUCCGUCACCUGGUUCGAAAACUACGCGAAGCUAGUCUUCCGAAGAUACGCUGACAAAGUGAAGUUCUGGAUAACCAUUAACCAGCCGAAUACGGUCUGUAUGGAGGGUUAUGCCAGUGAAAUCAUGGCUCCAGGGUUGAACUCGAAGGAUGUUGGCGGUUACGAGUGUGCGAAGAAUGUUUUGCUGGCUCAUGCGAAGGCCUAUAGAGCUUAUCAGACUGAGUUUAAAAAGAAAUAUGAAGGUAAUGUUGGCAUCAGUAUAGCUGUGAACUGGUUUGAGGCGUUGAGCAAUACCACUGAAAAUAACGAGGCUGCUGAAAGGGCGAGGGCGUUUGAGUUCGGCCUAUACCUGGACCCAAUUUGGUCGAAAAAGGGUGACUUCCCAGAUCUCGUCAAGAAAAUAGUCGACAAGAAGAGUACAGAACAAGGAUUCAAAAGCUCCAGACUGCCCAAACUUACAGCUGCCGAAGUUAAACUCAUUAAAGGUUCAGCCGACUUCCUAGGGAUGAAUCACUACACGACAUUCCAAGUGCAGCCCAGUAAGACGCAGUUUGAAGCCCCUUCAGUAGAAGAUGAUAGAAGCACGGAGUAUACCCAGGGACCAGCGUGGAGGGCUGCCAAGUCACCGUGGUUGAAGAGCGCUCCCUACGGUCUCUACAAGGCUUGCCUCCACCUUAACCUCAACUACGACUACCUUCCCAUCAUCAUCACAGAACACGGCUGGUCUUCCGACCCUGGGCUGGAAGACCAGGACCGAGUGGACAAUAUGAGGGGGUACUUGGGUGCUCUGCUGCUGGCCAUGGAAGAUGGGACGGAGGUCAAAGGGUAUACUGCUUGGAGCCUCAUGGAUAACGUGGAGUGGAUUGCUGGUACCAGUGAACGUUUCGGCCUAUACGAAGUAGAUUUCGAAUCGGAACAAAAGACGAGAACGGCAAGACUGUCAGCUCUGGUCUACAAGCAUAUCAUAGAGAGCAGAGAGGUGGAAGAUGCAUGGAGACCUAGCAACUUGAAGAUAGCCAUCACCAAGAAUGAUAAAAAGAACAACUAUAGAGUUGAACUAUGAAAAUCUGUGAAGAAAACGAAAGGCAGAAAAACCAGGAUGAUAUUUUCAUACAUAAGGGUUCAGAUAAUCACAGAUUUCACUAAGCACAAUGUGUAACUUCUAAGUAUUUUAUAAAAUGUACUUAAAAUAAAAGAUUACUUUUAUA